GACAGGCAACGUGGACCAUGGGUUCCCGCUGUGCCAAGCUCAGCAUAGGCCACAGCCCGGGCCAUAGCACUGGCCACAGUAUGGGCCACAGCACGAGCCAUGGCCGUGGCCACGAAUCCUCCAUGAAGAAGCUCGUGGCCUGCGUGAGUCAGGAUAACUUCUCCCUGUCAUCAGAGGGCGAGGAAGACGAGGAGGAGAAAGAGGAAGAAGAUGAGGAGGAAGAGGAGCUGCCAGUCCAGGGCAAGCUGCUACUGAUGGAGCCGGAGCGGCAGGAAGAGGAUGAGGACAGUGCCAAGGCCAAGCAGAGCCCCGAGCCCAAGCAGACGCACUCCUGACCCGUGACCACAGCGAGGAAGGGGUGCCCACCACUGCUCCCACCAAAGUAUUCAGAGAGGAGUCAGUAAAAAGUCUCUGAGGAAUCCUCCCUGUCUCUGGUGUCCCCUCACCCCCUCCCUCCUGGUACCGCAUGUGCACACGUGAAUGUGUGAGCGUGUGGGUGUGGGCAUGUGUGGGUGCACGUGGAGGAAGGCUGAAGAGCAGGGCUCAGUGACCUUGUUCCCAAGCCCCAGCCAGAGGUUCAGGGUCUUUGGGAGGGGGAAUCAUCUCAGCCAAAUCUUCCCGUCUUUAG